GGAUCCGUUUAAAACACACAGCUUGAGCUGAAGAGUCACAGCGCGAGCGCCACUCUGGGCCGCUGGACACCUGUUGCCAAGGAAACUGAAACGGGCGGGAAAAUUACCAGUUAAUGACCUGAAAAAGCUGCUAAGGACAGUCAGUCAUGUCGUCUCCUGUGCUGCUGAACCUGCUGCGCUGCAGCCGCUUCUCCAUGUGCAGACAAGCCCUCUUCGCUCUGGAAGCCUCCACACAGUCUGGGCAGGCUGGUGGACCAUUGUUGGGGCUGGUGGGUGUUCGGCGGGCCAGCGGGUCGAUCAGGUUCGACAGUGAUUGCAGUGGCCAGCCAGUGACCUGGGACUCGUUUGGUAUUUGGGAUAACCGGAUAGAAGAACCAAUAUUACUGCCUUCCAGUAUCCGCUAUGGAAAACCUAUUCCACAGAUCAGCCUGUCUCGGGUCGGCAGUGCGUCGGUUUUGGGUCUCCGGAAGCAGAAUGAGGACCGACUCCGUAUCGCCCGUAUCCAUGACAACCUGUUGUACUUCGCCGUGUUUGAUGGUCAUGGCGGCCCACACGCUGCCGACUACUGCUGCACCUUCAUGGAGAAAUUCAUAAGAGACGCUUUGGAAGAGGAAGAUGAUCUGCAGAAAGUUUUAAAGAAAGCUUUCUUAGAAGCCGAUAAUGCUUUACACACACACCUGAGCUACUUCAACAACGACUCAGUUCUGAGGUCAGGUACAACAGCAACAGUUGCUCUGCUACAUGACGGCAUUGAGCUGGUGGUUGCCAGCGUUGGUGACAGUCGGGCGUUGCUGUGCAGGAAGGGACAUGCCAAGAAGCUCACCAAAGACCAUACACCAGACCGCAAAGACGAGAGGAAACGGAUCCAGAAGUUUGGUGGUUUCCUGUCGUGGAACAGCGUCGGCCAGGCAAACGUUAACGGGCGGCUCGCCAUGACGCGCAGCAUCGGAGACUUCCACCUGAAAUCCAGCGGCGUCAUCGCAGAGCCAGAAACACAUCGUCUCUCCGUCCAACAUGCCAAUGACUCCUUCCUGGCUUUGACAACAGACGGCAUCAACUUCCUGUUGAGUGACCAGGAGAUCUGUGAUGUCAUCAAUCAGUGCCAAGACCCGACUGAAGCAGCAGAGAUCAUCUCUCAGCAGGCGCUGCAGUACGGCUCAGAGGACAACGCCACCAUCGUCAUCAUCCCAUUUGGAGCCUGGGGGAAACAUAAAAGCUCCACCAAAACCUACAGCAUGAGCAGGAACUUCGCUUCGAGCGGCCGAUGGGCGUAGACGAAAACAUACAUGAAACACGACAGAACUCAGCCGAUGAUCUUAAUUUGACUUUAAGUAACUCGGAGGUCCUUAAAUUAUUUAUAACAUGAAGCAUCCAAAGAAACCCACCAGCUGCAUCGUCAUGCUUGUUCCCAGCUGAGCAGUCGACACUGUAAAUAGUGUAAAAUAAUGAAGGUUGUACAUAUAAAGAAACUUACUGCAGUGGUUGUUGUCUUUGUCAGCUUUGUAUCAGUGUUUUGCAUUUUAGUACAUUUCCUCUUUCAAUAAUUGCUGUCAUUCUGUAAAUGUUUAAUGAAACUCCAAAAUAUCAGCAUUUUAUCAAAUAAGAAGCUCAGUUUUAAAUCCAUCAAAAAGAGGAAAAACAUUUGAACUCCAGGAAAAACCAUUGGAGAAAGUGAUCUGUUUCGUUACCAACAAACCUUUUAAAUUCUGAAAUAUUUACCAACGUCAGAAGUUUGACUUGAUAUAUCGAUGCUCACCUUUACUCCAUUGGUCCUUUAGAGUAAUAAAGUUAAACUAGUUAAACAUAAAUUUCACUGUUUGUUUUCCUAAGUUGCAUUAAACCAAGUCUGUGUUUAAUCA